AUGGCGGGAGCUGCUCCUGAUGGGAUUCCAUUUUUGUCACUGAGGACUGGUAGUGACGAAAGUCCUCCCCACCAGCCGCUAAAUGGGUCCAUCCCGAGCCCCAUUGGCGACCUGAACUUGCCUCCAGCUGACGAGACGCAGAGGCUGAGGCAGGAACUCGAGCAAUUUCGGAAGGAAAAGCGGGACCGCGAGGCCCGUCGUCGACGAAGAUUGGAAAGGUUCCUACAACUCGACAGUGAUUCGUCGGACGACGACGCCAUCGGCGAUCUCCAUCAAGCCAACAACGUAACAGCAAACGCAGGCGCCAGCGGCGUUAUCGGGGGAAUCUCUGGCGGACCCCUCGUCGAAGGGGUGGGAGGCACGUCGAAUGGGGGACAGAACGGCGGAGCCGGACUAGACCAAUCCAAGAGGGCGCGUAACGAAUCAUGGCGCGGGAAAAUGGAAAAAAUGAUUGAUGCCUGCAGGCGCACCGGCCCAAGAGAGUUAGCGGCGGAAAUCGCAAGGGACGUCGGUAAAUCUCCGUUUUCCGACGACAUUCUAAAUACGGCAAAGCCCCGCCGAUUUACCACGCCGGUAUUCCACAAAUACGACGGAACGACCGAUCCGGUGGACCAUAUCAAAGGAUACAAACAACAGAUGUCCAUCGAGACAACCGACGAGAAAUUAAUGUGCAAGAUCUUCCCUUCCAGUCUCACGGGGCCGGCGUCGACAUGGUUCCAAGAUCUCAAGCCGCAUUCUAUACCGGAUUUCGACACAUUGAGCCGCGCUUUCAUUUCACAAUACUUCUGCAAUCGCAAGCAAAAGAAGGAUAUGGCGACUCUGUUCAGUACCAAACAAAAGCCGGGGGAAAAGGUAGGGAAAUUUUUUGAAAGGUUUAAAGCUGAAAUGCGCCAUGUGAAUUGUGAUCCCCAAUUCGCUGCGAUCGCCUUCCGGGAGGGGUUGCUCUUGGGGACGCCAUUGUAUGAAAGUCUACUGCGUGAUCCGCCAAAGGACAUGGAUGACAUCAUCACAAGGGUUGAGGGAGAGAUCAGAAUUGAAAGAGCCAAAGAAGCACGCGAGGCUCGACACGUCAGAGUCGUUACCUCCGGUGAAGACAGAAGGCAAAAUCGAGGCAACUACCCCGACGGGAGGCCAGAUAACCGACGCCAAUACGAGGCAAAACCUCGAGCCCGUCAACCUAAGGAAUGGUUCACCCUAAGCCCUACGGCCAUAUUCAGAAAGCACCAACACGAAGGGCUCUUCACGAAACCCCCACCUCAACCGGAGUCAAGAGACGCGUUCGAACGGGCCAAGUACUGCCCCCUCCAUGAGGCGUUCGGGCACGGGUUGCCUAAAUGCGAGGCGUUGCGGCCAGCCAUCUCAGAGUUGAUAAAGACAGGGAAGUUACGUGAAUACCAAUCCGACGACCAGGCCAAUGGUGGUAGGGCAACAGACAGGGUUGAAAGCAAAACCUCGAAACAGGGCACGGAACCAAUCAUCAGAGAAAUAUUGGCCAUUCAUGGAGCCCCUUAUACUGCUGUGGAGGAGGAAGUGCGCUUGAGGUCGGAAACCCGCCAGGCGGAGAAAAUUCGAAGAGUAUGCCAGAUCACGGGCAGCCCCUCGGCGGGGCAAAGCGCGUCCCCCACACCAGUAAUUAGCUUCUCCGCGGCAGAUACAGUUGGUAUCCAGUUUCCCCACCGGGACGCCUUGAUCGUGUCUACCCAAAUCGCGGACGCCCUCGUGCGGCGGAUAAUGGUUGACGCCGGGAGCAGCGCCGACGUCAUAUUCUGGGAAGCGUUUGAGCAGCUCGGAUUAGACAAAACACUUAUCCAUCCCAGCAGAGCCCCGUUGACGGCCUUUGAAGGCUCUGAAACAUGGCCGGUGGGCGAGAUUUCACUACCAGUGACGACGGGAGGGAAAACUGUGGAGGUCGAUUUCGUCAUUGUCAAGAAGCCAUCGGCCUACAACGUCAUUCUAGGCCGGGAUUGGCACCAUAGGAUGGGAGCCGAGGCUUCGACUAGGUGUCAGGUACUUAAAUUUAUUUCCAACGACGGCCAGCAGGUGAUAUCGGUUAGAGGCGAUCAGCUGCUCUCCAAAAAACUGUAUGCCAUGGAAAUCAAGCGCUCUCCGCCGUCGAAUAAAGGUGAGGAGGGCCCAUCGGCAUAG